UAAACAGUCAUGUUUUAUUCUGUGACAUAAGAAGAAUUACGUUUCUGUCAUUGUCAACUGUCAAAUUUGUUAAACAUCGAAAUUGAUCGUAGAUUUGGAAUUGGUGAAUUGAAACACCCAAGAAACACGAACGAAACAUCCAUUGGUUGGUCGAGGUUGGAGGAUUUCUUAUAAUUGGUCUAGUUAGGCGACUACCGUCCACCGGCAAUAUUUGCUUUUUUCGAUUUAAACACAGUUUCGGACGGUUUACACGAUGUUUUUUAAAGGGCUUAUAUUCUUAACAAUAUUUUAUUCAGCAAAUAUUUUAUGUAGCCAAGAUAUAGACGUGAAGACAGAAGAAGAUGUGGGCGUGAAGUAUGCCAAUAGAUGUGAAGUUUGCAAAGUACUUGCAACAGAACUACAAGGGAGGCUAGAAGAAACCGGCAAAGUGCACGACGUUAUAGAAAUUGGAUACUCAUUGGAUGAUGUGCAGCCAAAGAAAAAAACUAAGUACGAAAAAUCAGAAUUAAGGCUAAUCGAAUCUUUAGAGGGAGUGUGUGAGAGGAUUCUAGAAUAUAAUAUACAUAAAGAGAGACAAGACAGCACUCGGUUCGCUAAAGGUAUGAGCCAAACAUUUCAAACUCUUCAUGGACUCGUAGACAAAGGGGUAAAAGUGGAUCUUGGCAUACCAUAUGAACUAUGGGAUAAGCCCUCAGCUGAAAUUACUCAUAUGAAAACUCAAUGCGAGAGCCUUUUGGAAGAGAAUGAAUCUGCUAUUGAAGAGUGGUAUUGGAAUCAUCAAGGUAAAACAGAUUUGAAACAUUUCCUUUGCACAAAGAAUGCUUUGAAGAAUACAGAUGACUCUUGUUUGUUUGAAAAGUUAGAACCAAAAUCCAAAGGAGAGAAAGGAAGUAAAUAUGACAAGUCUGAACUUUAACUUUUUGUCUCAAGUCAAUGUAACUUUAUGAUCAAAUACAUUACUUGAUAGUACUGUGAUAAGUGAAUAACUAGAAAUAAUUAUGU